AUGGCUAGAACAAUCUCAAACAACAGCAACAACGAUGAAGCUGUCACAGAGGUUGACACCAACGGAUCAAAAGAUGAGAGUGAAGCAAGAGGUCAUUUGAAGAAGGGGCCAUGGACCCCAGCAGAAGAUGCUGUCUUGGUAGAGUACGUGAAGAAGUAUGGUGAAGGAAAUUGGAACUCUGUGCAAAAGAAUUCUGGGUUGUUAAGGUGUGGCAAAAGUUGUAGACUUAGAUGGGCCAAUCAUCUAAGGCCUAAUUUGAAGAAAGGUGCAUUUUCUCAUGAAGAAGAACAAAUCAUCGUCGACCUUCAUGCUAAGCUUGGAAACAAAUGGGCUCGAAUGGCUGCACAGUUACCUGGUAGGACCGAUAAUGAAAUAAAGAACUUUUGGAAUACCAGAAUGAAAAGGCGCCAGAGAGCAGGGUUACCCCUUUAUCCCCCAGAAGUCCAUGCAGAAGCCACUGCAUACCAUCUACAACAACAACAACACUACUUGGAGCAACAACCAUACCCUUCUAAUUCAUCUUCAUCAUUUUCUUUACUCUUAUCCUCUUGUUACCCCAAGAAGCUCAAUGAACCAAACCAAAACCAUUAUUCUAAUGCAAAUCCUAUGCAAAACCAGCCUGAUUCUGCAAAUUGUUAUACCAAUCCAAGCCAGAAAUUUAAGUUUUCCAAUGAAAAUCGUGCAAAUGUAAAUCUUGCUUUGCCAUUAUCCCCGGUUUCUCCGUAUAGAUCCUCAUCCUCUACCCUUUUCAACCAGAGUUUUGCUCCUCCUAGUUGUUCUGCCGCAACUGAUUCACGUGAUUACCAAAGCUAUGGUGAUCAUGGCUUCAUAGCAGGAUCUCCAUAUGAUCCAAUUCCUUUGGUGCCAAGCUCAACCACUGAGAUAUCUUCAAGCCAAACCGCAACACCAGCUUCAUCUUAUGCAAGUGGUGUUGUUGAUGGCUUGAUGGGACCUUCAAGCAUGGUUAAUAAUGACUACUAUGAAGUUGCACCAUUAUCUCCUCAAGGAAACAGUGGCUUGUUGGACGCUCUAGUGAUGGAAGCUCAUGGACUUUCUCGCAAUGACAAGUUCAAUGGUGAGGAUUCAAUCUUAGCUGAGAAGUUAUCUCAUAAGAGGAAAAGCAUGGCUGGUGAUCAGGAAUAUGUAGAAGUGGGAGGCACUGAGCCUGUGGUGUCAACCAUGAAGAAGAGCAAUGGCAACACAAGUAAUGAAGCCCAAAGGAAUGAUUUUAGCUCUUCCGAAUUGUCAAAAGGGGAGAAACUGAUUGGUGAAGAUCCAUUGGAAGAACUGAAUUCGAUGGAUGAUGAUUUGUUUAGCCUGCUGAACCAUUUUCCUUCAGAAAUGCCAAUGCCUGAGUGGUACCGUAAAGAGGAAAGUCAGUCAUUGGGACUUGAAACUCAACCCGAUGCUUCAUCACCUGGCCCCACUAAUCAAGAAUUUGCUUGGACUCUUGGAACUUGCUGGAAGAACAUGCCAGGCAUAUGCUAA